ACACCUUCUGUGCACAUUUUGGCGAGGUUUGGUGUUGAGUUUAAAGAAACGGAAGGAAAUUCAUCUUCCGUGUUUCCAGUCGGGAACGAGAGCAAGGCGCGAGCUCAAAACACCGGCGCAAAAACAACAGCAAUAAUAAUAACACUAACACCACUCCCGAGGGCAAAGGGUGUUUUAGUGUAGAAUAAACACAUCUCCAUGCUUAAACUCUGCUGUGGUCAGAAGAGAUAAAAUGUUUUGUUGUGUUAGAUAACCUCUUUUUUCUUUCUUUCUUUUUUUUUUGCACCCCAAAGUGUUCUUUUAUUCCUUUUUUUUCAUUGCAAGCCAACACCUCUUUAGUGUGCAGCUCAGAAAAACCUGAAAAACCAGAACACUGGUGCAGCUCAGUUCUCAGUCCUACAUUUGAGCUCAGUGAGGGAGAAAAUUCAUUGUUUUUCAGCCAACCUCCAGCACUUGUGUGGCCAGAAAGUGUCCUCGCCUGAAAGAAACCAGCUCAACCUUGAUGACCAGAACAUUCAGUCUUCACUUUCCCGACUGGAUGUCCCCGAUGGAGGGCGAGUUACUCCCACAGGAAAGCAGAAUCUAGCAGACAACACUUUGGAUCACUUGUCCAAUGCAGAACUUCUCCAUGUUGAUCGCAGCUGAUGUCUGCGAAGGACGCGAGAAGAACAUUUCAUUUUUCUACACGGUUAGAAACAAGACCAUCAGCCAAAACUGGAAGGCGAGGGACUUUGUGGUGGUGGGACUCGGAGUCCCCGUGUGCAUCUUCAUCCUCCUCGCCAACCUGCUGGUGAUGGUGGCCAUCAUCGUGAACCGGCGCUUCCACUUCCCCAUCUAUUACCUGUUGGGCAAUAUGGCGGCGGCGGACCUGUUUGCCGGCAUCUCCUACCUCAACCUCAUCUUCCACACGGGGCCGUGGACCAUCGGGCUCACUCAGAAUGAGUGGCUCGUGCGAGGAGCGCUGAUCGAGAUGAGUCUAACAGCGUCUGUGGUCAACCUGCUGGCCGUGGCAUGGGAGAGACACCAGAGCAUAUUCGCCAUGCAGCUGCACAGCACCAUGUCCAACCGGCGUGUGCUGCUGUUCAUCGUGGGUAUCUGGGUCAUAGCGAUCAUCAUGGGCCUCGUCCCCACCAUGGGCUGGAACUGCGUGUGCCACAUUCAAUCCUGCUCCACUGUGGCGCCGCUCUACUCCCGCAGCUUCCUGGUGUUCUGGGCUGUACUCAACCUCAUCACCUUCUCCAUCAUGGUGGCCAUAUACACCCGCAUCUUCAUCUACGUGCGCCGGAAGAGCCAGAGCACGCUGCAGUACACACUUAACGUCAGGCAGAAUGACACGCUCAUCGGGCUGAUGAAAACCGUCUCCAUGAUUCUGGGUGCCUUUGUGAUCUGCUGGACCCCCGGGCUUGUCAUCCUGCUGCUGGACGGGUUGCAGUGCACAGGCUGCCAGGUGCUGAAAUACGAGAAGUACUGCCUGGUCCUGGCUGAGUGCAACUCCCUGGUGAACCCCAUCAUCUACUCGUGUCGCGACGAGGACAUGAGGAACACGUUUAAGCGCAUCCUGUGUUUCCUGUGUAGGCGGGACAGGGAGCAGGAGGUCGAGCCGAGUACCAUUCACUCGGACACUUUGAAAUCAGAGAGGCUGUUGAUGGAGAAAUACUCAGACAACUACAACCACAACCACAGAGAGCGCAUAUCUUCCUGAACUCUGGCCUACCGUUAGUCAAAAAGACUGUUAAACCUAAGCGUGCUGUUCUCUGUACGUCCGCGAACGAUACGAGGGGUAAGUACAUGUAGCAGGUGAUCUGAUUUGUAUGUGUCUCGUCCAACAGCUAAUCUGGCGUCUCUCUACGAGUCAACAUCCAAGAACCGAUGUUAUCUGUGGUUAAGUUAGGAAUAAAACAUGACUCUUUCCACCCUGAUAAUUUUCCUAUAACAGCACAUUCCAAAGUGUCUUACUCCUCUCUCGUUCCUCUCACUCGUUCCUGCUCUCCUCACAGAAAACUUCGUCUUAUCAACAAUUACACACUUUUUUUUUUUUUUUUAGCCAUUUCUGUGCAACAUCCACACAAACUAAUACACGAAGUCCCUGUAUUAGAAUGAGUGCAUUAAUAUAAACCUGUGAUUUGCACUGCAGAUGAACUACUGUCAUGGCCGUGCUGUUAUAGAAAAUUAAUCAACCAAUCAGAUAUGAGAAUUGAACAGUGCUGUGGUAUUAAAAAGUAAUUUAUAGCAGCUAUAGAGGAAAUGAUGCCACUUCUAAAUACCUUUUUUUAAAGUGAGGACGCGCUAACCACCGACUGACCAAUGAACUGACCACCAGUAGGACAGCUCCAUAUAUCCAUCCUUUUUUUUUUUGUCUCAGAAUCAGACCACAAACAUGGCAUUGUGGCACAUGUAAUGUUAAAACUUUUUAAGAAAACGUCCAUAUUACGUUUGGCAUCUUGGAUACGAUUGCAGUAGUCUCUUCCGAUCAUCAAAAACUUUGUUUUCAUGUCUUUGGAAAGUCUCCGUGCUCCCUAGGUUAGCAACAAAGUCCAGUCUGUUGAUCAGGUUGGCUUUGUUGCUUGAAAAUGGGCGGAGUCAUUUAUGUAGUCACUGUAGCAUUUUAAACGAAUGCCGUUUUAGUGGACGUUGUGCUACGAUUACCACGAGAAAUUGCACUUUCUGUAAUGUAGUGUUGAUGGACUCCAUUGUUAAAAUAACAAAUAGCUGACUGGAUUGUUUAAUUGUCUCUUUUUUGUAAACUGGAUAAAAAUAAGUAUAAAAACAUUCGCUAGCAAUCCUCUAACAUAAAAACCUGCAUAUGGCUGCACAGGCUGUUUAUUCUAUGUCAAAUAUCAGGAUUUCUUAUAUAAUAUUUUUGCUAUGUAGAACACACCUAUGUGCAAAUUAACAAAUCUGCUGUAAUUUACAGUGACAUUUCCAUGUUUUAUAAUACACUGUUGAAUUUUUGUAUUAUUCAUAAUACAGCUGGCUCAAACACUCUUUUUUGUAAUCAUUGAGGAAUCUUCAUCAUGUGAACAUGGCAUUACCACUGUGGUUCAAAAUGUAUUAAAAAAUAAAAUUGUUAUAAAUG